UGAAUUCACAACCUCAACGCUGGCCAAGCAGUAUGCCAUGUUUGACGGCCAAAGGGGAAUGUGACGUCACGAACCACAGGGUCUUCGUUGAGAACAACAUGGCGAUUCUGUUGUCACGAAGUGUAAACAGCCAGGAAUAAAUGAGGAAUUUGUUGUUUAAAGUUGAACAGGAGUCGUCCCAAUCAUCGUAUUACUGAGCUCUAACGACUGGAUGAAAGCUUGUUCAUCAUUUCAUAGGGCGCGCGUGCAAGGAGUGGUUGAAAUUGUGUUUUGAACACAGAUGUCUGCUUUAACACACACUCUAUUAGCCGGGAGAACCACUGCGAGAUCGAGCGGCGGCGGCGCAACAAGAUGACUGCGUACAUCACGGAGCUGUCCGACAUGGUGCCCACCUGCUCAGCCCUGGCGCGCAAGCCAGACAAGCUGACCAUCCUGCGCAUGGCGGUGGCACACAUGAAGGCGCUCCGUGGUGAGUCAGCGGGAACAGGAAACACAAGUUCCGAUGGGACAUACAAGCCAUCUUUCCUCACUGAUCAAGAGUUAAAACACUUGAUUUUGGAAGCAGCUGACGGCUUCUUAUUUGUUGUUAUGUGCGACACAGGCAGAAUCAUUUAUGUUUCUGACUCUGUUGGUCCAGUGCUUAACCAUUCUCAGAAUGAUUGGUUUGGAACAUCUGUAUAUGAUCACCUUCACCCAGAGGAUUUAGAAAAAGUAAGGGAGCAACUUUCUACUCAAGAAACUCAAAAUCCAGGCAGGAUCUUGGAUUUAAAGACAGGCACUGUUAAAAAAGAGGGCCAUCAAUCUUCUAUGCGUCUCUCUAUGGGUCCUAGAAGAGGUUUCAUCUGUCGCCUUAAAGUUGGCAACAUGGGCCCAGAUGCCAUGGCAGCUGGCCACCUCAAUCGACUGAAACAACGUAACAGUCUGGGGCCAUCUCGCGACAAUCAGAACUAUGCAGUUGUACAUUGCACUGGGUAUAUUAAGAAUUGGCCUCCAUCAGGGACCGAUUAUGGUGUGCAAAUGGAGUCGAGAGGGGAGGAUGAUGGAACUCAUUGCUGCUUAGUUGCCAUUGGUCGUCUUCAAGUCACUUCAACUCCAAAUACGAGUGACUUGUCAGGUGCCAACAAUAAUUGUGAAUUCAUAUCCCGUCACAGUAUGGAUGGAAAAUUUUCAUUUGUUGAUCAAAGGGUAAUGAAUAUUCUUGGCUAUAAACCUCCUGAAUUGUUAGGGAAGUCAUGCUUUGAUUUCUUUCACCCGGAAGACCAAACUCAUAUGAAGGAAAGCUUUGAGCAAGUGCUUAAGUUGAAAGGACAAGUUAUGUCUGUCAUGUACAGAUUCCAAGCUAAAAACCAUGAAUGGUUGUGGCUCCGUACGUCAGCAUUUGCCUUUUUAAAUCCCUAUACAGAUGACGUUGAGUACAUUGUCUGCACCAAUUCAACCGCCAAGUCUCUGCAUUCACCUGGAGAUGGGACUCCUGCGGACACAAGUGAGCAAGUUACUUACCAGCCGCAACCCACUCCUCAGGCUCAACAUCAAGGCCAGCCUGGACUCGACUACAGCUUGCAGAGAAGAGAUGCAACCCCUGUCUACCAGCACAUGCUACCGACUACGCAUCUGCAUGAUACCACGGUAGCUGCAGCUCAGAGCCAAGGCCGGCCCUCUAGUGUCCAGAACGUCUACAGCAAUUACGACACCACCCCGUCUCCCAUCGCCUACGGCUCUCCCAGCCAGCAGGCCCAAGGCACGGCCAACGCCGUCUUGGGUCGCAUCAGCAAAACUGCAAACACCUCACCGACGCCCACCCAGGCGGCCUGGAGUCAGCAGUACAGUCAGCUCAGUCCGUCGCGGUCUCCGGGCGGUCCCACGUACACCCAGCUCAGUGGGGGCGCCCGUGCCGGGCCGCUCCCCACACCCUCCUACCACACCCCGACAGUCACGAGCAACACAGCCGGCAUGUGGUGGACGGGUGCCGGGACGGCCGAGGCGACUGGGACCGUCACUUCAGCAGGCACGACUGUGCAGACGGCCACCCCCCAGCAGCACGAGCUCACCGACAUGCUGCAGAUGUUGGACCAGUCCGGCGGGGCCUCGUUUGAGGACCUGAACAUGUUCAACACAGGCUUCGACCUUCAGCGAGAGGGUCGCUACAACGAGCCGUGGAGUCGGCCGGUAUGAUGAUUAAAUUAGGCUCUAGCUGCUGCCAGUUGGGGCAACUUUUAGAUAUUUUUCAUUUCUUAAAAAAAUAUAGAUGGUCAUAUUUUUACUGCUUCCCUCCAUUCAUCCUUGUUUCUCUCCCCUAGUCAGUUCAUUUGACAAAAAUCCGUACUACUAUUGACAUAACUUCCUCACGGAACUUAUAUUUAUUUGGAUUAAACAACUAUAUAGUUGAUAUGUACUUUUCACUUCAUUGUGUUACUUUUCAUACGUCACUCACUAUAGCGUUUCCCAAGUUUUUAAAAAGUUCCUCUGCCCAACCAUGAUCUUUGAGUAUAAAUAGAGCUCAAGACAAUGUGAUGUUUAGUUAGGAGUAAAAUUACCAAAAGUUUUUUCAUUUAGCUUGAGCAUCAUUUUCUCCCCUUGUAAAAUCAUAAAGAACCAAUGAUUUUUCUGUAUUUUGUAAGAAGCCAUGUCUUAUGUCUCCUUUUUUUUUUUUUUGAUAUGGUAUGUGGUGAUUUAUACUAAUAAUUGUAAGUUUGCGCUUAUUGCAUUACUGAGGUAUUGGCCUCAUCUAGGAAUUUGUAAUGUGUCACAUCUUUAUCAUACAAAGUAGAGUGCAAGUAGAGAAGAGGAAAGAAGUUUCCAAUUGCCUACGUGUUGUGUACUCUUAAAGAAGUGUUUCCCUUUCAUACUAGUAACUUUUACUCUGACUUGAUAAGGCCUGUUAUGAUUGUACAAGACUGCAAAGCAGUGUCAUAAUUCUGUAGUGUAGAAGGGUUUUCAUAAUGGCUUCCAUUCCGAUCAGUUAUAUGUUAUAUGAUGUAGUUAGAUUUUCAACAUUACCUAUUUUGUACUACUAGGCUUGAGGAAUUUCCUGAAUGUAUGUUAUUGAUUUUAUUAUUUUUAUCCCUUGAGUUAUUAAAUUUGAUAGUUAAUUUAUAGUAGUGAUAUUUUAAUCUUUUUAAGUUGUUUUGAUAUUUUGUAUUGGGUAUUUUUUUUUCUUUACCCUUAAAGAAUCUACUGUCAAGAUGUAAUAAUCUCAUAAUCGGUAUAUAAGACGUUUUCCCUAUUACUUACACUAGCAAGAGAAGUAUUUUAUUCCAUUUUGUAGCUCUCUGGAAAUCAUUAUAAAUACUUCUUGAUAUGAAUGGAUGUAUUUCUUUUCAACAAACAUGAUGAGAACUGACGUUUGUUUGUCUUCAAUUAUGUGAAGAAUUGAUUUCUUUGCAGUGUUGUAGAAUGCAAAAAAAAAAUAAUGAUGAUUUUCUAUGGUAAUGCUUUCUUUGAUUUGCAUAUUUUAUUUUAAUACUUUUUAAAAAUGAAAUGGUCUUCAUUGAGAUGUUGUUCACUCGCACUAUGUAAGCUCUUUUCUAUCUUAACUUUGUAAGUCAGAACCUCAAGCUUGGUGAUGGACCUGGAUAUUAAUGUGAAAACAAAUUAUGGUUUCCAUCCUUGGGGGAAAUGGGUAGCUUUGUAUUGUUACUUCAUCCUUUUAUUGUUUCAUCUUCAAAGUCAUGACUGAUCUGUGGUCUGCAUUUACAGAUUCUAAUUUUGUGCUCUGGUGUAAAGUGGUUUGCUUCUGAAUUCUUACUGUAGGAUUAAGUAUGUAUCCUAUGAGCAAACAUCAUUCCUUUCAAAAUCCUUUCUCAGGGACUGGAGGGUUUUUCUUUCUUUUGUGAUGCCAUUAAUGGCUUUUCUCCAAGUAUUAAUCCAGUGUUUUAUUCGGCUAAGUGUUAUUCUAACAAGUUUCCUAUUUCCUGAAGUUUACCCUUGGAAACUGGUUUCUAAGUGACAACCAAUCCAUCACAUUAGGGAAUGGUGAAAGUACGGAGUUUUUAAAUUCAAGUAGAAUUUGAAAACCACCAUAUGUACUCAAGUAUGAGACGCCUCUAUUGUCUAUGCAAUCAGUGCCUUUGUUGCUGUUGAGGCUUCCUGAUUUUCUGUUAGUGCAAAGUUGACAGCCCAUAAUGCAACAUCCACUUUGAGGCUAACAGAAAUUUAAUGCUGCAAGGGCAACAGAGGGGAAAGCUUGAAUGCUGUGUCUUAUGAUCGUGUGAAUGGAGUACAUAUGUACUAUCUGAGAGGAGUGUUAGCAUUUAUAAUGAUUUAAAUUGUGCUUCAUUGAGUAAAAUAUAGGUUAAUUAUGAGCAUUCUGUGUCUGUGUGUAAUAGCGGUUUGUUUGAAUGAUUAUAAUAUUCGAACGGUUCAUACCAAUCUCAAAAAUUCUAAGGAAGACAGAACGCAGUGUUAUUGUAUAUCUCCACAAAUACUUCUGUCAAUUUGGCAGCUAUAGCAAUGCUGAAGAGUUAACUUCUCUAUCAUACAAGUGGAACCACCAAAUUAAACAGGAAGGUUAAUUGUGGAAUUAAACUAGAUAUUUAAAUAAUAGUGAACUGUGCAUUACUAUAAUUAUAGUACAAUAGAAAUAUAAUAAGCACAUAUCAAGAAAAUUUGUUAUUUGGUUUGACUAAUGAAAAUUGAUAUUGGUGAAA